GGUUGCGAUCGUGGAACGCCGAGGUUACUCUACACUUUGGGUGGGGCGCUCGUGGGUCACUGCGCAGGUCUGCAGCAAACAUCCGUCUUUGGAUCAAGCGAUCAAAACAAUUUGGCCUCACAUCCUCUUCAAAUCCCUCGUUCCAAUCCAUUGUACCUUCAAUUCAUUGCUGGAAGAUGGCUGCCGCAGGCGAUUGCAACGGAUCAACUGCGAACUUCACAGAGGUCGUCCUUGUCCGUCACGGGGAGACAUCGUGGAAUGCAUCUCGAAUCCUACAGGGACACAUUGAUUCAGAACUUAAUGACAUUGGAAGGCAGCAAGCAGUUGCGGUGGCGUCUCAUCUGUCCAAGCAAGAGGAUUUUGUUGCCAUUUAUUCAUCUGACUUGCAGCGAGCUGCUGAGACUGCUGGUAUAAUAGCAAGCAGAUGUAAUCUACCUGAGGCAAUACUGGAUCCAUCUUUGAGGGAGAGACAUCUUGGGGAUCUUCAGGGUUUGACAAUGCGGGAUGCACAGAAACAGAAGCCAAUUGCUUACAAGCAUUUCUUGUCUGCUAAAAGAGAUCAAGAACUUCCUGGUGGUGGAGAAAGUCUUAUUCAACUACAUGAGAGAUGCACAUCUUUUUUGGAAAACUUGGCUAGGAAGCACGAAGGUGAGAGAAUCAUAGUGGUAACUCAUGGCGGGCUCCUGAGAGAGCUUUACAGGAGAGCUUGCCCAAUGGAGCCACUGAAUGGCAAGAUCAUGAACACAGCAGUUAGUGUGAUCCAUAUUCAUGAAAAUGGCCAAAACUGGACCAUUAAAAAGUGGGGAGAUGUGAGCCACCUUGAAGAGGUUGGAGCCAAGGAGGAUGCCUUUGGUGGUGACAAAACCUCUGGUUAGACUACCUGCUAGCAAAAUUAUGUUUUCUUAUUCUACUUGUGAAGAACAUUGAACUAGCUGAUCAAAUACUAUUAUAUUUGAAAUAUCUGGGACGUUUGGAGGUGUUCAUGUUUCAA